AUGGAGGAUGCAGACCUAAAUAAUAACAUCGACGAACAGUCACAAGCUGUCGAUGGCUUGGAUCAUGACAAGGUUGGGGACAGAGGUAUCAGGAAUGACCAGAUUCAUCUCGAUCCUAGCCGUUGGUGGUUUGCGUCAGCCGCAUUUCCCAUGAUAGCUGGUACCCUAGGUCCCGUGGCUUCAGCCUUCAGUAUCUGUUCGCUUGUCAAAUAUUGGAGGCAGCAUAUUCCUCCAGGGUCUGACGUUACUAAAGCAGUGUAUGUUAAGGACCCUCUAUGGCUAACAGUAGUGAAUGCCGUCCAACUAGCUCUAGCUAUAAUUGCGAACGUGUUUCUCCUGUUGAACAUGACGAAGAGGGUGCGGUUUUCGAUUGCGCAACCUAUAACGAUAGCUGGUUGGUACAUAUCAGCAAUAUGUCUCAUAGCCCUGUGCGCUACAGCAUCCGGACCGUUAGAUCUACAACCGCAGAUUGAAUACGUCUGGUCUCAAGCUUUUUAUUACGGCUUGUUUGCAGCUAUCAUCUACUUCAUAGUUGCCUCUCUUAUGGUUAUCACGGUCUGGGGUGCUCAAACCGGGCACUACGGCAAGGACUUUGAGUUGACAACUAGCCAGAGGACUUUGAUGCUUCAGACCAUCCUCUUCCUCGUAUACCUACUCUUAGGUGCUUUUGUCUUCUCCAAGAUCGAGGGCUGGAACUACCUUGAUUCUAUAUAUUGGGCGGACGUCACUCUCUUCACAGUUGGCUUCGGGGAACUAUCCCCACAGACUAGUCUUGGACGUGGUCUUCUCGUUCCAUACGCGCUGAUUGGUGUUAUCAGCCUUGGUUUGGUAAUUGGGUCUAUCCGGAGCUUGAUUCUUGAUCGCGGCAAGCAUAGGCUCGACGCGCGCAUGUUGGAGAGGCAACGACAGCUACUAAUACGGCGCGUCUUGCGGAAAGGACAUGGUGGUGUUCUUGAGCCGAUCGACGAUGGAGCUUCAGACGCUCUCCCUUCGAAUGCUCGCUGGACAGAGUUUGAGCGCCGUCGGAAAGAAUUUCAACUCAUGCGCAAGGUUCAACGACAGUCUUUCAUGUCAAGGACUUCUGUUCUUUCUCCUGAUAUAGCAUCAAAAAGAGAAAGAUGGACCGCUAUGACAGUAUCAUUUAUUACUUGGUUGCUGCUCUGGCUCAUAGGUGCCAAGAUUUUUCAAGAGUGCGAAUACCCCUAUCAAGGAUGGUCCUACUUCGACGGUUUUUAUUUCUCAUUCACAGCAUUAACAACAAUCGGGUAUGGUGACCUCACCCCAGUGUCGAACUCAGCCAAGGCCUUCUUUGUAUUCUGGUCCCUGCUCGCCUUGCCCACUAUGACUGUCCUGAUAUCAAACGCGGGGGACACGAUCGUGAAGGGCAUUAAAGAUGGUACCCUUCUACUCGGAAACCUCACAAUCUUACCCGGAGAACAUGGCUUCAAGAAAGAAAUGAAGCAGUUGCUGUCAAAACUGUCCUGUGGCGUGCUGUUUAUGGACGACGAUAUCGAAGAAUCCCCCCCGGGCUUCUUAGGAGCGGCGAAUGAGCAGCACACAGACGAGGAGGAGGAGGGUGAUGGGGAAGAUGAAGAAGGGGCUUCUAAUUCAACUGAUAUAAACAAUGCAGAAAGCAACCGGAGGGCCCAGAAAGACGCUGAAAACGGAGAAUCACAACCAACGUCACCGCCGCCAAACACUUCAACCAAACAAACUCCUAAUAAUAGACCACAACCUACACCCAAAUCUCGACCCUCCAAAAACCCAAAGACGAAGUCACCAAGACGCUCCGCUUCUAUAGCUCGUGAAAGCCUACCCACCGAACUCCCCAAAUCCCGCGCCGAAUACCACCUCGUCCUAAUCGACGAGAUAUCCCGCGUGACUAAGCACCUGCGGCACUCGCCGCCGCGCAUGUACACCUUUAAGGAGUGGGCAUGGUAUCUCCGACUCAUCGGCGAGGACGAGAGCAGCGCCGAGAACCACCGCCGACCCGAGCACCAGCCGCCGGAGGGACGCCACGGCAGACCUUCUCGCACCCUUGCGGAUCGGCUGCGCGGGGAAUCCGCCACCUCUGUGAAUGGAGAUAAUAAUUCAACAUCCAGAGACGACGAAGAUAAAAAUAGCAACUACAAAAAGAACGGCGAAGAAGCGAGUACUGCUGUAGAUAUACCGAAGUGGAGCUGGAUCGGACACCGAAGCCCGCUCCUAGAUACCCGGGAGGAAGCGGAGUGGAUUCUAGACAAGCUAGAGCAGAAGCUUAGAGAAGAGUUGCAGGCCGUCGUUAGGGAAGGCGGGUCAGGCCAAGAUGCGCUGAGAAGAGUCGAAGAGGAAGAGCGGCAGAAGGAGCAGAAGAAGGCUUCGGGUUACUACUAACCCACCCACCCGGUCGAGCUUGAAUAACAGGUACCUAAUAUAAGCAAAGGAAAGAGUAUAUACCCAUGCAUUAUACAUAGUAAUGAACAAGUACGAAUAAACGAAAGUCGUGUCAAUUUUUUGCUAAUGUGUAAUAAUAUAAAGAGGCGAUCUUUCUAAAUAAGAGGUAGUAACGGCGUUUUCGUCAUCACCAUAGCCUUGGCUGUUCUCAAUUCCAUAAGUGAUAUCCGCCCUGUAUCCGAUGUAUUGUUAUUCUUGUCGGCCAGGGGAAAAGGAGGGAGUACAUCAUGUCCUCAAAAAAAAACUACUUGCAAUUGUUAUGCCACCCCAAACAUUUCUCCCGGCCCCUUCUAGAACAGAUGGCCGUCCCUCCUGUCCACUUUGUUGUAAAAUUUAACGUCUAAAGAGUAGUAAAAACAUCAACCCAGCAUGUGCGUAAGUGCUCGUUUCCCCCCACCUUUCAUUCAUUUUCAGGUGUGAGCUCGGGUUAGGUUAGAUAUGUUCGGGAAGUUCAUUGCCUU